AUAUUAUUCAUAACUCACUGAUUAGGACUAAAAAAAAACAACUAUAAGUAGCGUACUAGUGAAUGACUAAAUUGACUAGAUCUACCGCUGUUAGUGAAAUACUAAACUAACAUCACAGUUGCAUUCUUAUUGUUUACAAAAAGGGGCGUACGUUUUGACUUUUCACAAUGCUGGAUCGAGUUCGAGUCAUCUUUGGGACGAUGGUGAUCAUCAUGAUGGGGACUUUGGCUGGAUUCUUUUCACCCUAUUGGUUUCAUGACGAAACAAUGUCCGAGAUAUUGAAUGUACCAGUAACUGUUUCACUAGCCAUAGGCUUGUUCUACGAAUGUGCCUACGUCCUUGGUGGAGGAUGUGACUCCCUGCCCUGGACUGUUGACCCUAUCUCCUUCUUAAUCGUUCGCAUCCUCGUCAUCACCUCAACUCUGUGCAUUUUCAUCAGCAUGAUCCUGAACGGAUUUAGAUUACGGAACCCCAGGAGCGUCUCUACCACAAGGGCGUCAGCCGUUGCUGGAAUCCUCGCCGGAGUGUUGGGAAUAUCAGCCGUAGCCAUUUAUGCCGCCAAUGUCGACAGUAUGAAAGGAUGGUCAUUCUAUCUCAGUGGCUGUGGCAGCGGGAUGGUGCUACUGGUGAGCAUAGCAGCCUUGGUGGUGUCUGAAAUAGCUUGGACAAGAUCGUCGAGCAAAGGGUACGACAACCAGGCUUACGCCAUGGAGUGGUCAUCACCAGUAUCUAAUAAGUGACGCAGACUGGACCAUACAUCUAGAACCAGAUCAUAGAUCUAGAACAUAUUUUUUUGUAAAUAGCUGAAUUGUGUGAUAAUAUGCAGUCUACUCCACUGAUUUGAUAAUCUGUAUGUAAAUUUAUAAAUUUAAGUUUUAUUAGCUACGACACCAUUCAUAAUACUAAAAUGAAAUGCUUUUAAAGUAGAUGAUUCCAUAGCUAGGAUCCUCCUCUCUAAUUCAGAACCUAUCAGAUUCCUAGCCAUGGAAUCGAGAAGCAAUAAGAUUUUAGGAAUCACAUAAAGACUGCAUCACAAAUAAAGAAAUGUGAAAUAAGAUCACAGUGGCUAUUGGGUCCCUCGAUGACCUUCUGAUCAUAUU